UCCGGCCUCCCCUGCCCUCCGCCCCGGCCCCGCUGCCGCAGGAGGCCCCGCCCGGCUGGGCCCGGCGGAGGCGGAGCCGCACAGGACUCGCCACCGCCGCCGCUGCCGGAAGAGCCGCCGCCUCCGCCGGGACCAUGGAGGACUUUCACCCCCACAACGAUGAGAUGAUCUUCAAUGCUGAUGAGGCCCACAACAUAGUUAAGGAGUGCAUAGAAAGUGUUUUAGGCAAGGCAGAUUAUAAUCACAACAAAGUCAACCAGUGGACUGCUGCUAUAGUAGAACAGUCGCUGACACAUCUGGUAAAACUUGGAAAAACAUAUAAGUACAUAGUAACCUGUGCAGUGAUGCAGAGGAGUGGAGCUGGUCUUCACACAGCAAGCUCAUGCUUCUGGGAUACCACAACUGAUGGAACCUGCACAGUGAGAUGGGAAAACCGAACAAUGAACUGCAUUGUCAAUGUGUUUGCUGUUGCUAUUAUCCUGUAGCUGACUGGAAGAUAAAUAUAAGCAACACCGAAGCCUUUAAAAAAAAAAAAAAUCAUCCAAACACAUGGCUAAAUAUUUCAAACCAUUAUUUGUUUUUGUAUGAGGAGCAUACAGUUUAAGCCAGUUCUCAUAGAUUAAUUAUCUGAAAGCUAGCAAAAACAUUAAAAUAUAUUUAUGUAUCUAUUGAAAGAGAAAGUUUUAGUAAUUUAAAUAUUCAGAAGUAUGUUAAUGAGAAUACGCCACAAAGAUCAAUACAGUUUAUAUCAAAGCUAAUAUCAAAGAUACUUUAUUCAAGAGGAAAAAAACCACAUCAAAUCAAAGGGCAAAGGGCAAGCAAGACCUCUCAGGAUUAUGGUGCAUUUGGGAACAACUUAUGAACACAAUUCAGAGUGGAUAUACUGUAAACAAUACUGGUGCUUAGUGUUUGAUUAAGCAAAGCCAACUGUCACAUUGAAUGCUGAUGCUUGUGAAAUUGCAUGAGCAUCACAUUUCGGUUCAAGCAUGAACUUUUACAUUGAAAUUAAAUCCAGUUUAGCUUUUCCCCUGGAGGCAGAGGAUGACUUCACUGGGACAAAGGUGAAAUAUACCUAGUCUUUGCAGAAUUCUAAUGUACCUUCAGAAUGAAGAACAUAAUACUUGUUACUGAUUCAGGGAAAUGUGCUGGGGAUCAGAUAUCGGCCCUUCCUUCAUUGUUUAUAAAUCUUGAAAACAUUCUGAAGGUACUUAAAUUUUACUUCAUUCCACGACUGCGGAAUUCGUGAAAAGCACUUUAUUGAUUCCUCAUGCACUAGCCAGGAGCUAGGAAAGUAAGGCUGGACCCACAUUACUCCAAGGAGUGUUAAAGUGGUCGGAGAGAAGGCACACACAUUUCUGGAGGUUCUUGUUAGCUUUGAAACCAUUUAUCUUAAAGCCACAUAUCUGUUCUUUAUAGGAGUGUUUCCUACACUCUCUAAGUCUAGAAUUGGAUCUUAGUCCAAUGAAAUAAUACAGUUAAGUUUUAAGCACUAAGCAUUCCCCUCCUGUAAAGAUUUAUGCAAGUUCUUAACUUUGCUCAUCUGAUGAGUCUUAACUUGAAAUACUCCACGUGGAAGAAAAGCAUUUGCACACAUGCAAGUACUUGCUGGAUUAGGGCCUACAUUUUUGUUGAUUAGUGCACAAAUUAUAUUAUAAAGAAAUGUAUCAAUACCAAAAAUGCCUAAAUGAUUGCUGCCACUAAGUGGCAGCUACAUUAAGUUGUUUUCUCAGAUGCUGCUUAAGGAUAGAAUUUUUUCUUUAUUACUGCAUGCCUUUGGAAGAGACUGGUAACUACCGAACAGCUGCCGUAAGGCUGUUUUGGAUUUUAACAAAUGAGUAUUAAAGCACUAUUAUGCAGUUUC